AUGUAUGGGACUAAGAUUAUAACCAUCGCCGUGCCAGUUGAAGAUUAUAGUGAUAAGGAUAUAAAUAUAUGGGGUAUGGGCAUACGAGUACAGAAACGUGAAUCCCAAAACAGUAUGACUAUAUAUCAUAUUCCUGAUCCAUCAAGUCGAUUAACUGAUGAACAUGCAGUUCAUCUAUUGAAUGAACUAGACGAACGUGAUAUAUCACCACCAUCAUUACGGUUUACAUCCAUAUCUCCAAAAGAACGUAGUCAUUCACUAUUACAUUGGACGAAAAAGACUUUCAAUGUAAAAACAACUUAUAAACGUGAUGACGAUUCGUCUUCGCAUCAACUAUUAUCAUCAGUAGCACAUCAUGAGAGAACUAAUGCACCGGUAAGAUCAUCUCCUGGCAAUUAUCUUACAAAAAAAUAUGAACGACUACGAUCAUGGACAAUGGAGUCAAUGAGAUCAACAGACAAGAGAAUACCACAGCAAGAAGCCACCAUUUAUAAUACAGACGAAAAAGCACAACAAACACGAUCAGUAUUUGAAUUUGCAUUUUUUCAUUAA